UUCAAUUGUUAGAAUGGAAACACAGCCCUUGCCAUUGCUAAGCGACUUGGCUACAUUUCAGUUGUCGACACACUGAAGGUGGUGACAGAAGAGACAAUGACUACAAUUACUGUUACAGAAAAGCACAAAAUGAAUGUACCUGAAACUAUGAAUGAAGUUCUUGACAUGUCUGACGAUGAAGUUCGUAAAGCCAAUGCCCCUGAAAUACUCAGUGAUGCUGAAUAUUUGUCAGAUGUUGAAGAAGGUGAGGAUGCGAUGACAGGGGACACAGACAAGUACCUUGGACCACAGGACCUAAAAGAGCUGGGCGAUGACUCCUUGCCGGCCGAAGGAUACAUGGGCUUCAGCCUCGGAGCCCGCUCCGCCAGUUCGGAUAGGUCCUACACGCUGAACAGAAGCUCCUACGCGCGAGACAGCAUGAUGAUCGAGGAGCUGCUGGUCCCGGCCAAGGAGCAGCACCUGACGUUUCCAAGGGAGUUUGAUUCUGAUUCUCUCAGACACUAUAGCUGGGCUGCUGACACCUUGGACAAUGUUAACCUGGUCUCAAGUCCCAUCCAUUCUGGUUUCCUGGUUAGUUUUAUGGUGGAUGCACGUGGGGGCUCGAUGAGGGGGAGUCGCCACCACGGCAUGAGAAUCAUCAUCCCGCCGCGCAAGUGCACGGCGCCCACCCGCAUCACGUGCCGCUUGGUCAAGAGGCACAAGCUGGCCAGCCCCCCGCCUAUGGUCGAAGGAGAAGGCCUGGCGAGCAGACUCGUGGAGAUGGGCCCGGCAGGGGCACAGUUUUUGGGCCCCGUCAUAGUGGAAAUCCCACAUUUUGGAUCAAUGCGAGGAAAGGAAAGAGAAUUAAUCGUACUUCGAAGUGAAAAUGGUGAAACGUGGAAGGAACAUCAGUAUGACAGCAAACACGAAGACUUAACCGAAAUACUCAAUGGCAUGGAUGAAGAGCUGGACAGUGUGGAGGAACUAGAGAAGAAGCGCAUCUGCAGGAUUGUCACCAAGGAUUUCCCCCAGUACUUCGCAGUGGUUUCACGGAUCAAACAGGAGAGUAACCAGAUUGGCCCCGAAGGAGGGGUGCUGAGCAGCACGACGGUGCCCCGCGUCCAGGCGUCCUUCCCGGAGGGCGCGCUCACCAAGAGAAUCCGCGUGGGCCUCCAGGCUCAACCAGUUCCUGAGGAGAUUGUCAAAAAAAUCCUUGGAAACAAAGCAACUUUCAGUCCCAUCGUCACUGUGGAGCCAAGAAGGAGGAAAUUCCAUAAGCCGAUAACCAUGACAAUUCCCGUGCCGCCUCCGUCAGGAGAAGGUGUAACCAAUGGCUACAAAGGAGACACGACACCCAGCCUGCGGCUUCUAUGUAGCAUUACAGGAGGCACUUCACCUGCGCAGUGGGAGGACAUCACGGGCACCACUCCGCUGACGUUCACCAACGACUGCGUCUCAUUCACAACCAAUGUUUCAGCCAGGUUUUGGCUUGCAGACUGCCAUCAGGUACUAGAAACUGUUGGGCUGGCCACACAGCUUUACAGAGAAUUAAUAUGUGUUCCCUAUAUGGCAAAGUUUGUGAUAUUUGCCAAGAUGAAUGACCCUGUGGAAUCCAAUCUGCGUUGCUUCUGCAUGACUGACGACAAAGUGGACAAAACUUUGGAGCAACAAGAGAACUUUGAAGAAGUUGCAAGAAGCAAAGACAUUGAGGUUCUGGAAGGAAAACCUAUUUAUGUUGAUUGCUAUGGAAAUCUGGCUCCUUUGACUAAAGGAGGACAGCAGCUUGUUUUUAAUUUUUAUGCUUUCAAAGAAAAUAGACUGCCAUUCUCUAUCAAGGUAAGAGACAGCAGCCAGGAACCCUGUGGUCGUUUAUCAUUUUUGAAAGAACCAAAGACUACAAAAGGACUGCCACAAACAGCCGUGUGCAACUUGAAUAUCACACUUCCAGCACACAAAAAGACGGAGAAGGCCGACCGGCGCCAGAACUUCGUCUCCCUUGCUUUACGUAAGCGCUACAGCUAUCUGACUGAGCCUGGAAUGAAAACAGUUGAACGGAGUGCAGGAGCAACAAGAUCCCUACCUGCUACUUACUCAUACAAGCCAUUCUUUUCAACACGGCCAUAUCAGUCAUGGACAACAGCUCCAAUUACAGUGCCUGGGCAAACCAAGUCAGGCUUCACUUCCUUAUCAAGCUCUUCCUCUAACACUCCUACAGCUUCCCCUUUAAAAUCCAUAUGGUCUGUUUCUUCUGCUUCUCCAAUCAAAUCCACAUUAGGAGCUUCUACCACAUCUUCAGUUAAAUCUGUUAGUGAUGUAGCAUCUCCAAUUAGAUCGUUUCGGACAAUCUCUUCACCAAUAAAAACUGUGGUAUCGCAGCCUCCAUACAAUAUACAGGUCACGUCAGGCUCUUUGGUCAGAGCUCCCACAGUACCAGAAGCUGCUGGUCUGAAAGGGCUGGCAUCCACUACCCCAUUCCCCUCUCGGACAUCUCCAGUGACUACAGCAGGGUCUCUCUUGGAGAGAUCAUCCAUAACCAUGACGCCUCCAGCAUCCCCCAAAUCCAACAUUAACAUGUACUCUUCGAGUUUGCCACUUAAAUCGGUCAUCACAUCAGCAUCCUCACUAUUAUCGUCCCCUCUAAAGUCAGUGGUGUCACCUGCUAAGACAGCAAUUGAUGCUGUUUCAUCCUCUAAAGUCAUGAUGGCCUCGUCUCUCUCGUCACCAGCAAAACAUGUAGCUGGGCACCCAGAGGUACCAUUGCUUAAUGGAUCUGUGUCACCUCUGAAAUACCCAUCUCCUGCCAACUUAAUAAAUGGAUCCAAAGCUGCAGCUGUUCUUCAGGAGAAAAUCACUGCAGCUGCUCACACUGCAAGCUGCGCUGCUAGCGCAGUCGCUGACACAGCUGAGAGAGUGUUUUCAACCGCUUCGACGAUGCCGUUCUCUCCACUCAGGUCCUUUGUGUCUACAGCACCAUCAGCUUUUCAGUCAAUAAGAACUCCUCCUGCAGGUGCUCUCUAUACAGCCCUUGGGUCAAUAUCUGCAACUACCUCAUCAGUAACUUCAUCGACAAUAACGGUGCCGGUAUAUUCUGUAGUCAAUGUUUUGUCUGAACCAGCGUUAAAGAAGCUUCCAGAAUCAUCUUCGCUUACAAAAUCAGCUGCUGCGCUACUGUCACCCGUUAAAACACUGACCACAGAGGCACGCACUCAGCCUCCCUUUAACCGAACUUCAUCACCAAUAAAAUCGUCCUUGUAUUUAGCACCCUCUGCUCUUAAGUUGUCCACGCCAUCUUCUUUAUCCUCCAGUCAGGAGAUAUUGAAAGAUGUUGCUGAAAUGAAGGAGGACCUAAUAAGAAUGACUGCAAUAUUGCAGACAGAUGUUGCAGAGGAGAAACCAUUCCAACCCGAGAUUUCUAAAGAGGGUAGAAUUGAUGAUGAAGAGCCCUUUAAAAUUGUUGAGAAAGUAAAAGAGGACCUAGUAAAAGUUAGUGAGAUACUGAAAAAAGAUGUGUGUUUAGAAAGUAAAGGGUCGGCUAAAGUAUCCAAAAGUGAUCAAGGACACCUGUCUGAGGAUGACUGGGUAGAGUUCAGUACAGAGGAGAUUGAUGAAGCAAGACAGCAAGCUUUGACAAGCCCUCCUAUAUCUGUUCCAGAGAAGGUCCAGAUUAAAACUAAAACUAUGUCGGAAAAGGAUUAUAACUUGUCAAAAGUUAUUGAUUACUUAGCAAAUGAUAUUGGUAGCAGUUCGUUAACAAACAUAAAGUACAAGUUUGAAGAGGGGAAAAAAGAAGGUGAAGAGAGACAAAAGCGUGUUUUAAAACCAGCUAUUGCUUUGCAGGAACAUAAGCUUAAAAUGCCUCCAGCCUCCAUGAGGCCUUCAACAUCAGAAAAGGAGUUAUGUAAAAUUGCAGAUUCCUUUUUUGGAACAGAUACUAUUUUGGAAUCUCCAGAUGACUUCUCUCAACAUGAUCAAGAUAAAAGUCCCUUAUCUGACAGUGGCUUUGAAACAAGGAGUGAAAAAACGCCCUCGGCCCCGCAAAGUGCAGAAAGCACAGGGCCCAAACCCCUUUUCCAUGAUGUGCCCAUCCCUCCCGUUAUUACAGAAACAAGAACUGAAGUAGUUCAUGUUAUCCGCAGCUAUGAACCGUCAUCAGAAGAAAUUCCAGAGCAGAAAGCAGAAGAGCUCCCGGCUGUGAAAGCUGCUCCUACCUUUAUGGAGCUGGAGCAAAAACCUACUGGGUCUAUUAAAGAAAAGGUUAAAGCGUUUCAAAUGAAAGCCAGCAGCAGUGAAGAAGAUGACCACAAAUGUGUCCUUAGCAAAGGUGUCCGAGUAAAAGAAGAAACUCAUAUCACUACAACAACCAGAACAGUGUAUCAUAAACCUCCGUGCACCGAAAGCACAUCCGAAAGAAUUGAGGAAACGAUGUCUGUUCAUGACAUAAUGAAAGCCUUUCAGUCCGGCCGGGACCCUUCCAAAGAACUGGCAGGUCUGUUUGAACAUAAAUCGUCAGUAACAUCAGAGGUUAGCAAGUCUGCUGAAACUUCACCACAGCAUGCAGAGAAGGACAGCAAAAUGAAACCCAAAUUGGAGCGAAUAAUAGAGGUCCAUAUUGAAAAAGGUAAUCAGGCUGAACCUACUGAAGUCAUUAUUAGAGAAACAAAAAAGCAUCCAGAAAAAGAAAUGUAUGUAUAUCAGAAAGACUUACCUCGGGGAGAUAUUAACUUAAAGGAGUUGGAAAAACAUGAUGCUUUUCCUUGUUCAGAUGAACAAGGUCAGCAAGAAGAAGAAGAGCUCACAGCCGAAGAGUCACUUCCUUCUUAUCUGGAGUCUUCUAGAGUUAACACUCCUGUGUCCCAGGAAGAAGACAGUCGCCCUAGUUCUGCUCAACUCAUGUCUGAUGACUCUUACAAAACACUGAAGCUUUUGAGUCAGCACUCAAUAGAAUACCAUGAUGAUGAGUUGUCAGAACUAAGAGGGGAGUCUUACAGGUUUGCUGAGAAAAUGCUUCUUUCAGAAAAGAUAGAUGUGUCUCAUUCUGAUACAGAGGAGUCAGUUACUGACCAUGCUCUACCCCAUAGUUCAGAGUUACAGGGGUCUGAUAAACGAUGCAGAGAAAAAGUAGCUACUGCCCCUAAAAAAGAGAUUCUCUCCAAAAUCUAUAAAGAUGUAUCUGAAAAUGGUAUAGGUAAAAUAUCUAAAGAUGAUCAUUAUGAUAAAGUGACAGUGUUACACUAUGCUGGAGAUGUUAGUAGUCCAAAACAUGCAAUGUGGAUGCGCUUUACUGAGGACAGAUUAGAGAGAGGUAGAGAAAAGUUGAUAUAUGAAGACAGGGUGGACAGGACUGUUAAGGAAGCAGAAGAAAAACUCACUGAAGUAUCACAGUUUUUUCGGGAUAAAACAGAGAAGUUGAAUGAUGAGCUACAGUCGCCAGAGAAAAAGCAGCAUAAAAAGAAUGGCAAGGAGAUGCAUUCUAGCCAGAGCUCUGCCAGCAGCAGCCCCGAGAAGGUUCUGCCCUCCGAACUGCCGGCUUCCGGGGACGAGAGGAGUAAGGUGAAGCAGUACGCGGCUGACGGGAAGUGCUUUCCCAAGAUAGAUGAGAGAAAAGCUUCCAGCUUGCCCAGCAGUCCUGAGAAAAGGAUUUUUGUGCAACAAACAGACGACUCUAAGCAAACUAUGGAACACAAAGGAGGUGCUCAGCAGACUGGGGUACCUGAAGUUGCACCGGCUGGAUUUCAGCUGAAGCAAUCAAAGCUCAGUUCCAUUAGGCUUAAAUUUGAACAGAGUAUAAGUCCAAGGAGUAAGGACCCAACUCAAGAAGAGAAAAAGCUGGAUGGUCAAUCCAAAAUUCCGGUAAAGAAACUGCAAGAAAGUAAGUUACCAGUGUAUCAGUUUUAUUCCAGAGAGAAGCACCCAAGGCAAGUAGAUCUCAUUGAUGGCAGCACGGCUUUACAGAAAGAGGUGAAAACACAGGAAGAUUUUGCUCCUGGUAAAGGAAAAAUUAUGGAAGAUUUUUCUGCUUUGGAUACACAAAAACAAAGAACUGAAAUGAGUAAAAGUGUGCCAGAGUACUUCUCAGAACAGCAGGCAAUAGAGCUGGCGUAUGGCUCAGAUGCAGCCACAAAGGGACACUGGGACAAAAAAAUCUACAGGACAUGGGAAAGCCCUGGAACUUCUAAUCAUAAAACCCAAAAGGAGAAACUCUCGCAUGUACUGGUUCCAGACACAGUAAAAGAAAACCAUGUAGAUCGUGCUGAAGCUAAGGCUGACAAAAAAAGUGAAUUUAUCACUGUGACAGAACACAAAUUGGCAGCAAAUGGGAUUCAUUCAGAAGAAGUGAAGGAACUGACUGUAAAAUCUCCCUCAAAAAAGGUUUUAUACAGAGAAUUUGUUGUCAGGGAGGGGGAGCAUAAUGGCGAAGUGGCUGAUAAAGCAUCGAAAAGGAAAGAAGAAAUCAGUGUGUCCCAUAUUCCAGUGAGGAUUGUAGAGGAGAAGAGGACCACAAUGAAUGGUGUCUAUGAACUUUCAGCUAAAGUAUCCCAAUCAGCUGUGGUUAAGGAGAAAGUUGAGAGGCAGUUUGAUUAUGUGGAAGAUGAAAAAGGAAAGCAUUCAGAAAUCAGAAAAGUUACCAAGCAACAGAGCUCAAUAGGGUUAAGUUCUUCUGUUGAAGAAACCGAGCUAUCCCCUAGCAAAUCACCAGAUUCCUUAGAAUUUAGUCCAGGAAAGGAAUCUCCUUCAAGUGAGUUAGUUGACCCUGGUAUAAGUGAUUACUUGGAUAAAGUUGCACCUUUAGCAAGUGCUGAGGGAGUAAAAGAAAUUAAGACUUUACCUGUUUAUGUCAGUUUUGUUCAAGUAGGAAAGCAAUAUGAGAAAGAGGUGCAACAAGGAAAUAUAAAAAAAAUUAUCAGCCAGGAGAGUAAGACAGUGCAAGAGACAAGGGGGACAUUUUACACAGCUAGGCAGCAAAAGCAACCUCCUUCUCCACAAGGUAGUCCAGAAGAUGACACGUUAGAGCAAGUGUCCUUUAUAGAUAGCUCUGGUAAAAGCCCCUUAACACCAGAAACACCGAGUUCAGAGGAAGUGAGUUACGAGUUUACAUCUAAAACCCCCGACUCACUAAUAGCUUAUAUACCAGGCAAGCCCAGUCCUAUACCCGAGGUAUCUGAGGAAUCAGAGGAGGAAGCAGAGGCUAAGUCAACCUCUGUAAAGCAGGCAGAAGUUGAGGAACCACCACCCGACCAAGUAUUACCUAAUCAUAUAAAUAAGGACUCUAACAAAAGACCAAAAGGUAACAGAGUUGCCUACAUCGAAUUCCCUCCUCCUCCACCACUGGAUGCAGAUCAGGCUGAGUCAGAAAAGAAGCCCCAUUAUUCCACAGAGAGCGAAAUGGAGAUGAUAGAAGUAAACUUGCAAGAUGAACAUGACAAAUGCCAGCUGGCUGAACCGGUCAUAAGAGUACAGCCACCAUCUCCUGUGCCACCAGGAGCAGACGUCAGUGACUCUAGCGAUGACGAAUCUCUCUAUCAACCCGUCCCACUUAAAAAGUACACAUUCAGACUAAAAGAACUGGAAGAUGACCAGAAGGAAGCAUCAAAACCUAGAGCCCCCGAAAAGAUUGAGAAACAGAAAGAGUUAGGACAUCCCACUUCUGGGAAACCUAAUGAGUUUGACAUUGGGCUUGAUUCACCCCAGAAUGAUAUAGUGCAAAAUGGGAAUAAUGACCAGUCUGUCACAGAGUGUUCCAUAGCAACCACUGCAGAAUUCUCCCAUGAUACCGAUGCGACUGAGAUUGACUCUCUUGAUGGUUAUGAUUUACAAGAUGAAGAUGAUGGUUUAACUGAGAGUGAUUCUAAACUUGCAGGUCCGGCAGUUGAGCCCAAAAAGGACGUAUGGACUACAGAAGGCAUUCUAAAGCAGACUGACCGCUGCUUUAGCCAGAGUAAGCUUGAAGUCAUUGAGGAGGAAGGCAAGGUAGGCCCUGAAGAAGACAAGCCACCUUCGAAAGGUCCAGCUUCUGAAAAGACUGGAGAUAAGAGUGAACAGAAGUCAGGGGCACAGUUUUUCACUUUGGAAGGCAGACACCCUGACAGGACUGUAUUUCCCGAUACAUAUUUCAGUUACAAAGUAGAUGAAGAAUUUGCAACGCCUUUUAAAACUGUGGCCACCAAGAGUCUAGACUUUGAUCCCUGGUCCAAUAACCGAGGUGACGAUGAAGUGUUUGAGACUAAGUCAAGGGAUGAUGAGGCUAAACCAUUUGGUCUGGCAGUGGAAGACAGAUCUCAAGCGACAACACCUGAUACAACUCCAGCCAGAACUCCAACAGAUGAAAGUACGCCAACUAGCGAGCCCAACCCCUUCCCAUUUCAUGAAGGGAAGAUGUUUGAGAUGACUCGCAGUGGUGCAAUUGACAUGAGCAAGAGGGAUUUUGUUGAAGAAAGACUCCAAUUUUUUCAGAUUGGUGAGCAUACUUCUGAAGGGAAGUCAGGGGACAAGGGGGAAGGGGAUAAAAGUACAGUCACUGCCAUCACACAGCCGCAGGCAGGGGACAGCACUGUAGGAACAAACCUAGAGAGACCAGUAGAAACAACUGCAGUUGAACAUAAGCCCAUCAUCCAGGCCAGUGGAGAUUGCAUGGAAGCAACACUUGGUAGUAACUCACUGGAGAAAUCAUCGUCAGCGGUAAAUGCUUCUAAAGUUGACCCUAAAUUGCGCACACCAAUUAAAAUGGGAAUUUCUGCUUCCACCAUGACUCUGAAGAAAGAUGGCCCUGGCGAAGUGACAGAUAAGAUAGAAGCUGUGAUGCCGAGUGAUCAGGGAUUAGAAAAUGAAACCGCAACAGUGAUUGCGAGCUCAGCUACUAGCCAGACGAGCUGUAGGCAAACAGAAAACACUGAUUUUCCAAAAGAUAAUUUUAAUAACAACAACAAUUUGGAUUCAUCUGCUGUCCAUACUGAUAUUAUUACCUGUAAUGUAGUGCUAAAAGAACAUGCGGAACCCAAAUGUUCCAUACAGAAAGCUAGCCAAAUGAAAAGCCCUGCAGGAAAAGGUACAGGGACAACUCAAGGACACAGAAUAAAAGAUAAGCAGAAAGUGCAUGGAGACCAGCAAAAGCCAACAGAAGUGGUAGGGGCUAGAGCAAAAUCAAAACUUCCUGUAAAGGCCAGCUCAGUAAAAGAAGUCUUUCCACAAAAUACUCUGCAAAGCAAUGCAGGGAGAAAAGCGGGACGGGCUAGUAAGCCUGAAAAAGCAAAAGAAAAUAGUUCUUCUCCCUGUCUAGAAGCUAGGUCUAGGAUUCCUGUAAAAAGUACACAUAGGAAUAACUUAGCUAGAAAAACUCCAGCCCUGCCAAAACAAGAGCAGGUAGAGAAAGGAAAAGCAAAACAGCUUCCUUCUAAAUUACCAGUAAAGGUAAGAUCUACCUCCGUCACAGUGACAACAGUUAAAGUAAAGAAAAAUCAGCUUAGGGAGGUAUGUAAACAUUCUAUUGAAUAUUUUAAGGGAAUUAGUGGUGAGACAUUAAAGCUUGUGGAUCGUCUGUCUGAUGAAGAGAAAAAGAUGCAGUCAGAGGUCUCUGAUGAUGAAGAAGACAGUACAUCGAGAAACACAUCAUUGUCAGAAGCUACUCAAGUUUACCAGCCUUCCAUUACAUCGAAGUCCGCUAGAGAUAUGAGAACAGAGGCAGCAUCUUUAAAAUCAAAGAUUGAAAAGGCCGACAGUGAGAGGAGGAGGAGUAAGAGGACUGGUGAGAAUGAAGGCAGUCAGGUUUCUGGAGCUCUCUUGGCUCACCUCGUGGAGAUCAAGCCUAGUCCCCAGAGUCCAUGUGAACGGACCGAUAUAAGGAUGGCCAUUGUAGCUGACCACCUAGGACUUAGCUGGACAGAACUGGCAAGAGAACUGAAUUUUUCUGUGGAUGAAAUAAAUCAAAUCCGAGUAGAAAAUCCAAAUUCUCUUAUUGCUCAGAGCUUCAUGUUAUUAAAAAAAUGGGUUACCAGAGAUGGGAAAAAUGCUACAACUGAUGCCUUAACCUCAGUAUUGACAAAGAUUAAUCGAAUAGAUAUUGUGACCCUGUUGGAAGGACCAAUAUUUGAUUAUGGAAACAUUUCGGGCACCAGAAGCUUUGCAGAUGAAAAUAACGUUUUUCAUGAUCCCGUUGAUGGUUACCCCAGCAUCCAAGUGGAACUGGAAACUCCCACAGGGUUGCGCUUCGGGCCACCCACCCCUUUGCAGCAGGACGAUUUCUUUAGCGACACCUCUAGCGUAGAGUCGCCCCUUAGACCUCCCAGUAGGCUGAGUGACGUGCUAGUAGCUCCGCAGGGAAGCGUAGACGGUGCAGCCCCGGGACCACCAGUGGUGACAGAAGAAGACACCUCCCUGGACGACAGCAAGGCCGAUUUCUCAGUGCCUAGAGAAGGAUCACCCAGAGAUGUUUCCAUAGGCCAGAGCCCGCUGGAGGAAGUGGACCUUAAGGAUUACCCACGAUAUCUUGGCAGCUAUGCUGGGAUAGCAAAAGAUGCUAAGCAGAUGCAGAGUGAAGAGACUAGUAAAACAGGAGUAAGGACUGAACAGCCUGAGAGAGAGAAGUCUGGUACUGAUGAGGAGAUGACGGAAGAGAAGCUUAAAUCUCUGUUUGAGGACAUUCAUCUGGAAGAAGGAUUUGAGUCUGAGGAGAUGACGGAAGAAAAAGUAUGGUCAAUUCUUAAAGGUGUGCAGCAAGCAGAACAGCAAAUGUCUUCAAUUACAGGUUGGCAGACUGACUCAUCAAGUGUCACGGAGCCGCCGGCUUCAGGACGCAGGAUCGGUGCUGGUGCGCCCGAGCGGCCGGAUGCGAGCCCGGACCAAAGCAGGGAUUCUGCUACCUCCCACAGUAAAGGAGAAGCGGGGAAGGUGGAAACAAAUGGGAGCCUCUCUGAAUCCACAGCGGAGGCAAAAACUAAAUCUUAUCUCCAAGAAUCUAUAAACGAUGUGAGAAAACAGAGCGACAAAGAAGCCCCCAAAACAAAACCACACAUUUUAGCUGGUACCGAUGAGCAAACGUUAUCAUCAACAGCAUAUCAGAAAUCUUUGGAAGAGAUGAGCAAGCCAAUAACAGAUGGCAACAAAACAUCUGUGCCUGUCAGCGUGAAGAAGAUGAGCUGGAGCACGUCGGAGGAUGGCAAGCCGAGAACAAGCACCCAGGAGGAGGAGGCAGCAGUAACGUCUGAGCAGAAGGGCCAGGAGGCAAAAAACAUUCCCGGGGAAUCGGUAACAGAGGAGCAGUUUACCGACGAGGAAGGCAACAUCGUCACGAGAAAAAUCACCCGGAAAGUGGUGAGGCGCGUUGUUAUCCCCCAUGAGAGGAGAGUUGGCGCGACGCAGGGAGAAGGUUAUAAGGUUAAGACGAAGAAGGAAGUCAGACACGUGGAGAAGAAAAGCUACUCGUGAAAGCCUGACGCGGAACGGUCAGACUGUGUGCUUUUACUGCCACUAUCCUAGGACACUCA